AUGCUGAAUGCACAAGAGUGGGGCACUGGACGCCCCAGACCAAUCAUUGACUUCGCGCUGGGGUCAGAUGCCAAGGCAGCAGCCCAGAGAGCGUCGAAGCAAGGACGCACACCCGACUCCCAAAUACCCCAGGCCAAGUCUACCGCGAUGAGGCUGGCAAUGGAAAGACAACGGGCGACAAGAGUUCUACCUGUAAGCGUGGGCAAGUUCUCAAAGGCCAUGGACGCAGCACUACCAGGCAAGCACACGCGCCAUCUCUAUGACAAGCUGAAGCGAAGGGAGGCCUGCGUAUUGGCGCAGCUCCGAACCGGAAUGGCGAGACUGAACGGUUUUUUGAGCAGGAUUGGGGCGGUCGAGUCAGACCUUUGUGCCUGUGGACAAGCGAGGGAAUCAGUGGAACACUUUCUUUUCCGAUGCGUGAGAUGGACAGCUCUGAGGGAAGACAUGCUGCAAUGCACAGUGGCAAGACGAGGAAGCCUCUCGUUCUAUCUGGGAGGGAAAGCGCCAUCAGAUACAAGGCAUUGGUCACCAGAUAUGAAGGCAGUCCGGGCGACGAUCAAAUACGCAAUGGCAACAGGAAGGCUGGAGCUGAAUGAGGAGGAGAGUCUAGACCAGUCACAGUAG